AGGAGUAAAUAUCGAUAUUGAGAAGACCCCCGGCCCGACCCGCAGAACCGCGUCUAUAUCCGCACCUGGAACUUCUGCACGCAAUCUGCCGGGUACUGUAGGUUUUUGCUGGUAACCCGCGGGUAGGACUCUACAUUGCACCCAGGUCAACCCUGUUACCGGAUGAGCUUUUGGUGUUUAAUUGUUAUACAUGAAUUUUUACUUUUUUGGAUAGAGCUGCGGGUUUUUUCAUUUUUCUUUUUUCUGUUUCAAUUCCAUAAGAACCAGUUUACUUCUAGUAACACCGGACCUAAAACUGUGUUCUUUUGGGCUCCAAUAACGAAAUGGGGGUUGGUGAUUGCUGGGCUUGCAGACAUGACCAGACCAGCUGAGAAACUUAGCACAGGACAGUCUGCUGUUCUAACUGCCACGGGACUCAUUUGGUCACGUUAUUCCCUUGUGAUCAUUCCCAAAAAUUGGUCUCUGUUUGCUGUAAACUUCUUUGUUGGUUGUGCAGGAGGGUCCCAACUUUUCAGAAUAUGGAGUCUGCAGUAGGGGCUUCUGAAAAAGGACCUAAAACUGUGUUCUUUUGGGCUCCAAUAACGAAAUGGGGGUUGGUGAUUGCUGGGCUUGCAGACAUGACCAGACCAGCUGAGAAACUUAGCACAGGACAGUCUGCUGUUCUAACUGCCACG